AUGGCAUCUCUGGAGAUUCGACUUUGGCUGACAUGCUCCUCGGCUUUUCUCAUGUGCGUAUGCGUUGGCGAGGAGCAAGGAGAUGACAGUGAGGAGAAGAGCAAGGAUGGGGAGGAGCUGUGCAGCGGAAAGAAUCACUGUCUUCUCGUCAGGUACCCACGGCCAAGCACUAGUGUCAACCCGACAAGAGCUGCAGCGGCACAACCUACACAAGCUCACGAAGGUACUAAGCACAAGGAGUGCUCAAGCAUGCAACAUCCUAGAUACUUGUCUGCUGAUGAGCUCUACCGAGUACCUAUGAAUUAG